AUGCCUCCCAGAAAGAGAGUGAGCGCUGAAGCGAAGGAGCCGAAGAAGAAGACCAGCAAGGUAGUGGAGGUUGCGGUCACGGAGACUGAGACGGAAGAUGGUACGGUUUCCCAUGCCACUGCCACCAAGCAGCAGGAAGUAAGCAAGAGACGGCGUCUUUUAACGUCAAAGCGGAUCAUUUUUGUUUUUGGAACCGCAAUUGGUGUCUUAUUAGCAGCAUAUUUCGGUCAUAAGCAGAUUGAUUCUCCUUUCCUUCCGGAUCUGGACAAGCUAGUGAACUUUGACUCUUUUACCAAUUACUGGGAAGAAUGGUACGAGAUGCUUCCGGCGUCGAUGCAGGGUACCAUGGAUGCUGUUGAGGGUGAAAAACUUCGUGGAUCCUCGGAUUCAUUUGCUAUUGGCAAGCAGAUGAAAGGAGUGGGUCUCGAGGCCAAACAUCCGGUGGUGAUGAUUCCGGGAGUGAUCUCCACUGGAAUUGAAUCAUGGUCUCUCGAGGGCACAGAGGAGUGUCCUAGUGAACCCCAUUUUCGCAAGAGGCUCUGGGGGUCGUUCUACAUGAUCCGAACCAUGGUUCUUGAUAAGGCAUGUUGGUUGAAACAUAUAAUGCUGGACCCAGAGACUGGCCUUGAUCCGCCGGGAAUCCGUCUUCGUGCAGCGCAGGGAUUUGAUGCGGCAGACUACUUCAUGACUGGAUACUGGAUCUGGAACAAGGUUCUUCAAAAUCUGGCUGUUAUUGGUUAUGGCCCUGACAACAUGCUGAGUGCAGGAUACGACUGGAGAUUGGCAUAUCUCGACCUCGAGCGUCGCGAUGGCUUCUUCAGCAAGCUCAAGUCACAGAUCGAAAUGUACAAGAAACAGAGGGGAGAAAAAGCGGUGCUAGUUUCGCAUUCAAUGGGUUCCCAAGUGGUGUAUUACUUUUUGCAGUGGGUUGAAGCAAAGGGUGAGCAUUUUGGAGGAGGAGGCCCCAACUGGGUCAAUGAUAACAUUGAAGCCUAUGUGGAUAUCUCUGGAAGUGUUUUGGGUACCCCAAAGGCGAUUGUUGCCCUGCUUUCUGGUGAGAUGAAGGAUACUGUCCAGCUAAACGCCUUAGCAGUGCAAGGUCUUGAGAAGUUCUUCAGCAGAAGAGAAAGACUAGACAUGCUAAGAACGUUUGGCGGGAUUCCAUCCAUGUUUCCCAAGGGUGGAGAUCUAAUUUGGGGCAAUCUGACGUAUGCACCGGAUGACGUUUUGAAAAGCAACGAAACCACAACGAACAGUCUUGGCCAGUUCAUAACUUUCGAUGAGGAUAUCGGAACUUAUUCGAACAAGAACCUCACAAUUGCACAAAGUAUCGAUUAUUUGCUGGACCAAUCGCCAGAGUGGUUUGUUAACCGUGUUCAAGAACAGUACUCAUUUGGACUUGCAACCACCAAGAAGCAAUUGGAGCUCAACAAAGAAAACCCAAGCAAAUGGAGUAACCCAUUGGAGGUGCCUCUUCCGAACGCCCCCGACAUGAAAAUCUACUGUCUUUACGGAGUUGGAAAUCCAACAGAAAGAGCAUACCAUUACCGCGAGGAAGUCAAUAAGGAUGUGUCUAAGCUGAACGUUUCGAUCGAGGCAACUAAGGAGAGCUCUGUUCUCCUUGGCGAUGGUGAUGGAACUGUUUCUCUGAUGACCCACACUAUGUGUCACAAAUGGAAGGAGCCGGGAAACAUCUUCAACCCAGGAAACAGCAAGGUAACUGUCGUGGAGAUGAAACACGAACCAGACAGAUUCGAUAUCAGAGGAGGCGCAAAGACCGCUGAACAUGUGGAUAUCCUUGGUUCUGCUGCCCUCAAUGAGUUGGUACUGCGAAUCGCAGCGGGUGAUGGCCUUUCGAUAAACGAUACUUACCAUACAUCACUCAAAGAUAUCGUUUCCUCGCUGGACUUCUGA